GCUACUAGUAAUUUAAAGUUUUGAUCUCAAAUAUUGAUAUAUGCUAUUUUUUGCUUUACAAAUCUCGCCCUCCUCUUCCAGAUUGCUUGGUAAACAACACUACAGAAGUACGCAAGUUUUCUCUGUCCAGCUGUUUCUCUAUCCCGGCUCGUACAGUUGUACCCUUAAUUAGUUCUUCUUCUUUUUUUGGUCAAGGACCACGUUCCAAAUAACUGUGACUCGAAGAAUUGGCAGAGAAAAAAAAAAAAAAAAAAACUAAAGCACCCUUACAUCGUACCUAUAGAGCCAUAAAUGAUGAGUAAUUUGGAGAAAACCCGGAAGAGCCCAUACAUAACUUGAGAAAUAAAAUCUUAUGAUUCAAAGCUCCGUAUAUGAUGUCAUUGCGAAAGCUGCACUAUCACACCCGAGAGAAAUGGAAUGGAUAGCGACUAAAGGACUUCUUGCAAUUUUGAAAUCACACCGGACUCUCAUACUUACAAUUUCAUGUGUGAUUGCAGUCUUAGUGGAUCCAUUGUUCUUUUACCUUCCAAUAAUUGAUGGGAAAAGAAAGUGCAUUGGAAUGGACACAAUAUUGAGGAAUGUGACACUUAUUUUCCGAUCACUCACCGAUAUCGGUUUCAUAGUGAAUAUAAUACAUAAAAUUUGUGAAGCUGUGAAUAAAACAAGAGCAGAUUGUCUUAAAAACAUUGAAAAAAUGACUGCUGAAGAACGAAAUCGAGGUGAGAGCGGAAAUAAGUUUGCUAAGUCAUUAGAAAUUUGUGAAGCUGUGAAUAAAACAAGAGCAGAUUAUCUUAAAAACAUUGAAAAAAUGACUGCUGAAGAACGAAAUCGAGGUGAGAGCGGAAAUAAGUUUGCUAAGUCAUUAGCUCGUAACUUGUCGUGGCACACCAUCUUAAUCGACUUUUUGGCUGUUCUUCCCAUCCCCCAAGUGAUAAUAGUAGCUGUUAGAAGCUCUAGAUGUUUGGAUAAAAGAAAGAUGCUAAACUUUCUUCUUCUCGCCCAGUAUCUGCCGAGGGUUUAUCGAAUGCGUUAUUCAUCUAUACAACUUAGACCAAGGACUGGAAUAUGGGUUAAAUGUUCAUUCUAUUUUUUCUUGUACAUCCUUGCCAGCCAUGUACUUGGAGCCUUUUGGUAUUAUUUUUCUAUUCAACAAGAGACAUCUUGUUGGCACCGGGCGUGCAAAAAGCAUGGUGGAGUAAAAUGUAAUUUUUACUGUCAUGAAAACAUGACUUCAAGAGAUUUGACAUUCAUCAAUUCUAUAGAUAAAUAUUGCCUAGUAGAUGUUCCGGCAAAUGAAACUGCACCAUUUGAUUUUGGAAUCUUUCUUGAUUCUCUUAAGAAUAAUAACACCGCGUCAAUACAAUUUCCAAAGAAGUUUUUCUACUCUUAUUGGUGGGGACUUCGAAAUCUGAGUAAUUUUGGCACAAAUUUGCAAACAAGUACUUAUGUGUGGGAAAACUGCUUUGCAAUUCUGAUUUCAAUCAUUGGCCUGCUAUUAUUCUUAUAUCUCAUUGGAAAAGUACAGACAUUUAUUUCGAUGAAAACUACGAAUUCCGAGGAGAGAAGAAAAAAAUUCAAAUCAAAAGAGCUAGAUAUACAAAUGUGGAUGAGAAGCAAUGAUCUCAAGACAGAUAUGAUGGAAGCCAUCAGAGUACAUACAAAUAAAAAGUGGGAAGAAAUACAAGAUGCAAAUAUAGAGAACCUCUUCUCUAUUCUUCCCGUGCAAUCUCGGAAACAUCUUAAACAAUCUCUUUGCAUGGAAAUGCUGAGCAAGGUGCCAAAGCUUAGAACUCUGAAAGAUGAAGCUUUGAAACCGAUCUGCUAUUGUCUGAAGCCAGUGGUCUAUCAGGAUAAUAGCUUUGUUUUCCAAGAAGGAGAACCACUCGAUCGCAUUCUCUUCAUCACAGAAGGCUUAAUAUGGACAUACCAGGCGGCGGGCGCUACUGAUAGUAGUAGCACUAGCCAAAAUGGAAAAGGAAAAACAGGUUUCAGUUUUCUUCAGAAAGGUGAAUUUUACGGAGACGAUCAACUUCUGAGUUGGGUUAUAGCAUCACAACAGAAUCUUCCCUUAUUUACCAACCUUCCAAUCUCCGAAGUGAAUGUGAAAUGCCAUGCAAAAGUAGAAGGCUUUGUACUCAUGGCCAAGGACUUGAAAAUUGUGGUCUCCACUAAUUACAAAGUUUAUUGGGGUCUCCACAAUUCUUCUCAGGAAAGAGAGAAGGCAUUAAUUCAAGCCGUAAAGAACGUACGGGAUCGUCGUAAAAUGCAAAAGUAGAAAGCUUUGUACUCAUGGCCAAGGACUUGAAAAUUGUGGUCUUCACUAAUUAAAAAGUUUAUUGGGGUCUCCAUAAUUCUUCUCAGGAAAGAGAGAAGGCAUUAGGGCUGGGCGUUUUGACCUGAAAACCUGAAAAACCGGACCGGAUUGGUCCGGACUGUCGGGUUCGGGCCGAGCUUUGAGAAAAAAAAAAGAUGAAAAUUUGAGGCCCGGACUGUUUAUGAAUAAAACGGGUAGGUCCCGGGCCUGGUAUCUCUAAUGUGUAAAAGCCCGGAUUACAGCCCGUAUAAGCCCUUAGUCCCAUUACUGCCAUAUGUCCCUCUGUGAUAGGUCAUUUAUUUGAGUAUACCGUGAAAUUGACCAUAGGUGAUCACAACCCCCACUUAGCUAAACGACCUCAUCUCUCUCACUCUCUGCCUCGAACCCUCAUCUCUCUCACUCUCUGGCCUUUGCCUCUAUUUUCUUCGAACCCUAAAACGAGAUUUCCAAUCCCAAUUUCAAACAACCCCCACUUAGCUAAACGACCUCAUCUCUCUUACUCUCUGGAAAUUCUUUUCUUCGAACACUUAUCUCUCUCACUCUCUGCCUCUCUUUUCUUUGAACCCUAAUUUCAGAUUUCCAAUCCCAAUUUCAAUUUCAGACUUCCAAUCCUACUCGUUUAGCAGCUAGCACGACCUCAUCACUCUGCCUCUCUUUUCUUCAAACCCUAAAACAGUCAAACGAGAAGUAAAACCCCCAAUUUCAGAUUUCCAAUCCCCAAUUUCAUAUUUUCAAUCCCUUUUUCCAAUCCCCAAUUUCAGAUUUCGAAUCCCUUUUUCCAACAUUUCAGGUAUACUUAGUUUUUAGUUUUGGAUGGAUUUUGAUGGAUUGAUGUUUUGAUGGGUGUCGGGGGUACCGACGGAGCCGCUGUCCUCUUUGGUAGUUCUAUGCUUCUAGGCUCUUAUCCGACAUCUUGUGAUUUGUUGUGAUUGUGAUUUGUUGGUUGGCAGUAUGCUGUUGGUUGGCAGUGUAAUCACCUGGUUGGCAGUGUGAUUUGUUAUCAAGGUAGUGUGAUUUGUGAUUUGUUAUCAAUUGUUAACAAGUUAAGUUGGUACCUGAUGGCUUAAGUUGAAUGUGAUUGUUGGCUUAAGUUGAAUGUGAUUGUUAGCAGAAGUGUGAUUUGUUAAGUUGAAUGUGAUUGUGAUGGCUUUUGUUAAGUUAUGUGAUUGUGAUGGCUUAAGUUGAAUGUGAUUGUUAGUAGAAAUUCAUAGUUUUUCCAGAAAUUCAUAG